AUGGAGGAAGAGGAGCAGCUGCGCUCCUUCAUGUUCCUGAUGACUUACAUGCUGCUGAAGCGCAGGAGAGACAUCAACAACGCGAACAUCCAGAGACGCAACGAGAUCCAGAGACGCAUCAGACACCGACAGCACUUCUUCCAGAGACAGAGGAGGAUGCUGAUGGGUUCAGUGUAUCGGAAGACUAACGCCGUGGAGGAAAUUCAACAAACCAGAAAGGACGACUUCUGGGAACAAACUCAGAGGGAUGAGGAGGCGCGUCGCCGGCAGGAGAACCAGCGGGCGGAGCAGGAGAGGCAGGAGCUGGAGAGGGAGAGGAGGGAGCUGGAGGAGAAGCAGGCGAAGGAGAGGGAGAGGAGAGCGAAGGAGAGAGCUCAGCAGAUCGAGCAGGACAGGAUUUAUCAGAAGCAGAGAGAAGAGGAGGAGCGGGAGAGGGAGCAGCAGCGGCAGAACCAGCCGGAAAACGGAUACAAGAAGUCUGGCACCAGCUCCGCAGCAUCGGUGCAGAAAGCUAACGAGGCCCGAUCGCUGAUUUCUCAGAGGUCGUUUAACCCCAGAGACAUAUUCAGACAGAGGGAGCAGAGCUUUGAGUCCAACGAGCGACCGUCUCCCUCUGCAUCCAGACCAGGGAAGCUGCAGAGUCCGUUUUUAUCCCAGAAAUCCUUCGAGAGAGAAACUCCGCUGCAGCCUCAGUAUCCAGCUGCGACGCCCCUGUCCCCCGUCUCACCUGAGCCGUCUCACUCACCUGUCCCGGCUGAUAUCCCGUCCUACUCCAUGCACCCUCUGUCUCCUGUCUCACCUGUGCUGUCUCACUCACCCGCUCCAGCUGUCUCACCGACACCACCGGAGGCGACGGGCUCACCUGCUGCAGCUGCAGACGCUGCUAACACUGAAGAGGAGGACUGGUCAGAUGAGUUUGAUGACGAUGCAGAGGACAGUGCAGCUGCUGCAGAGGACCUGUACGAGGCGCCGCGUCCAUCAGCGGGGACAGAGGACGACCUGUAUGAAAACGUCUACGUCUCCACAGACAGAGAGCAGCAUGUGGAGAGCAGAGGACAGGACAUCAGUGCCAGAGCUCUUUACGACUACCAGGCUGGUAAGUCCACAAACGCACAAACACCAGACUCUUAAACGCUGCUGCUCGUC